GUCGCAUCUCAGCCGCGCUCGGGUGUAGCGUUUUUUCCGCUGCAACUUUUCGCGCUCGAGCCGUUAUGCAUCGUACUUCGAAACAAGUUUGACGGGAAAAUCGUGAAGUUUUCCGAGAGCGCCCGGAUUGGCGUAGCAAUGAACGCGAUAAUAGCGAACCCAAUAGUGACGAUUUAAAUACAGUGACAGUUUAAAAGUGAAUUAAUCGAGAUGUUUUCAAUGGGAUUUUUGGCUAUAUGGUAUGCGGUGUGGUGCUGGAUAUGUUCGAGUGCCGGCGGGGCGUCAUUGACGAGCCGUGUGGCAGAGGCUCCGCAGGAGUGCGAGUGGCAGCGAGUCUCAGGUGGCGCCGGUGAGCCCACUCGAGUACAGCUGACUUGCUCGCUGCGUACGGCUGCCGGUGCUACCGACUUGCUUGCGGGACUUAGCACUUCUCAGGCACAACGAAUCACGUCACUUGACCUUCUUUGCACAGACGUUCUCUUCUUUGAGAGUUCUUUGGAUGUCGGCAGAAGAAAAGAGGAAGGCACAGAACUGUUGUCUCGUUUUCAUAAUUUAAAGGAAUUGAGAAUAGAGUCAUGUAAGAUCAGAUACGUACCUUCAGCUGUUUUAUCACCGCUUAGCGGUCUACGAAGUCUUAGUAUUCGUACUCAUAAUACUGACUGGUCUGCAAUGUCUAUGGAAUUUCAUAGAGACACAUUCCGAGGACUGACCGACUUGAGAAUUUUGGACUUGGGCGAUAAUAACAUAUGGAUUUUACCUUCCGAAAUAUUUUGUCCUUUGUAUAAUUUAAAGGAUCUAAAUGUAACUCAAAACCGAAUACAAGAUAUUUCUACUUUAGGAUUUUCUGAUUGGGGCAAUGGACCCACUGCACCCGGGAAGUCUUGCAAUACUGUACUAGAAACAUUAGAUAUGUCAUACAAUGAAAUUAGUUCACUGCCUGACAAUGGCUUGUCAAGUUUACGAGCAUUACAAAAAUUAUUUUUACAAAAUAACAGAAUAUUGUCCGUCGCUGAUAGAGCAUUCGUUGGAUUAAGUGAUUUACAAAUUCUCAACUUAUCUACUAAUGCUUUAACUGCCCUUCCACCAGAAAUGUUUCAAUCAUCGAGAGAUAUUAAGCAAAUAUACCUGAACAAUAACUCUUUAAGUGUUCUUGCACCAACUCUUCUGGAAGGAUUAGAUCAACUACAAAUAUUAGAUUUAUCUGUAAAUGAAUUAACCAGCGAAUGGAUUAAUAGAGAUACAUUUUCUGGUCUUGUACGACUCAUAGUUUUAAAUUUAUCGCACAACAGAAUAACAAAAAUAGAUGCUUUAUUAUUUCAAGAUUUGAAUAAUUUGCAAUUUUUAAGUUUAGAAUACAAUCACGUAUCACGUAUAGCAGAUGGUGCAUUUACCAAUUUGAAAAAUUUGCAUUCACUUUCAUUGGCUCAUAACAAUAUUAUUGAAGUAGAUAGUAGUCAUUUUUCAAAUUUAUAUGUACUAAAUCAAUUAUUCCUUGAUGGCAAUAGAAUAACAAAAGUAGACUUGCGAUCCUUUGAAAAUAUUACAAAAUUGCACGAUUUGGGACUCAGUGGAAACCAGUUAUCGGAGGUACCGGAGGCCAUAAAGACAUUAAGAUUUUUAACAUCCCUAGAUUUAGGUAUGAAUAGAAUAACAAAAGUAUCAACUACUCAAUUUGAAGGGUUAGAUGAUUUAUACGGUUUACGACUUGUUGGAAAUAAACUAGAAAAAGUAUCUAAGGAUACAUUUAUAACUUUACCGUCACUGCAAAUAUUAAAUUUAGCAUCAAAUAAUAUAGAUCAAAUAGACGAUGGUGCUUUUUCAUCCAAUCAACAGUUAAAAGCAAUUGGAUUGGAUGGUAAUAAACUGGUGGAUUUAAAAGGAAUAUUUACAAAUCAACAGUCACUUGUUUGGUUAAAUGUAUCCAAUAAUGAAUUAUUGUGGUUUGACUAUAGUCAUAUACCGACCAAUUUAGAAUGGCUAGAUAUGCAUGAAAAUAAAAUAGAAAAGCUUGAAGAUACAUAUAAUUUAAAAGAAUCCUGUAAUUUAAAAAUGCUUGACGUCAGUUAUAAUAAAAUUAAGAGUAUUGACGAAUUUUCAUUUCCAAGCAGUAUAGAAACAGUGGUAUUGAAUAACAAUUAUAUUGAAAAAAUAAACCCCGGUACAUUUUUACAGAAAUAUAAUCUCAACAAAGUAAUGCUAUAUUCAAAUAAGAUUAAAACUUUAGAAGCUGGUAGUUUUGCGAUAUCAACUGUUCCCGAGGAGAAAGAUUUACCAGAGUUCUAUGUCAGCGAAAACCCAUUUGUGUGCGACUGCACAAUGGAAUGGCUGCAGAGAAUUAACCAAUUAAGUGACCUCAGACAGCGCCCGAGAGUAAUGGAUUUAGAAAGUGUAAGGUGCUCUUUAACGCAUUCAAGAACAAAAUCUGAUACUUUACUACUUGAAGUCAAAUCUUCAGAAUUCUUAUGCCGUUACGAUUCGCAUUGUUUCACCCUGUGCCAUUGUUGUGACUUUGACGCAUGUGAUUGUAAGAUGACUUGUCCAGAUAAUUGUUCGUGUUAUCAUGAUCUUACCUGGAACUCCAAUGUGGUUGAUUGUUCAAAUGCCGGUUAUGAUCACGUACCGGAGCGAAUACCGAUGGAUGCGACCGAAAUAUACUUGGAUGGAAACGAUCUAAAAGAAUUAGGAAAUCACGUUUUUAUUGGUAAAAAACGGUUACAAGUAUUGUAUCUAAAUAACAGCAAUAUCAAUACAAUACAAAAUAGAACAUUUAACGGGAUCGAAUCACUCAGAAUUCUUCAUUUAGAAAAUAAUAAAUUGGAAGUACUUAGGAACACACAAUUUACGAAGCUUCAGAAUUUAAUUGAGCUUUAUUUAAGAGAGAACAAAAUAAAAGUAAUAGAAAAUGAUACUUUUAAUUACUUGCCGUCACUGGAGUACUUAGACCUUGACAACAAUGGUUACGUUGAUUUUAUGCCGUGGAGAGUUAUUACAGACAACAAUCCUCGUACACGUGUCUCUGUAGAUGGGAACAACUGGAUAUGCGAUUGUAAAAAUGUAGCUCAGCUGAAUCAAUGGCUCAUAAAAAAAUCAAAAGAUACUGAAACCAUGAUGUGCUACUUUGCUCAUGGUCUGCCGAUGAAUAAAACUAUUGCGACAGUAGCAAAGGAAUGUAAAGCAGAGUCCACUACUGAAGAAACAGGGACCGAAACUCUAAAACGAAAAUUCAUCGAACCGAAUGACGGUGUCGAAAAUUAUAUACCAUAUAUCUCAGCGGUUUUGAUAAUAGUAAUUAUACUUCUUCUUAUGUGCGCUUUGCUGUUCAUGUUCAGAGAAGAUUUUAAAUUAUGGAUGCAUUCAAAGCACGGUAUCAGAGUAUUUAGUUCCACUUCAAAAGACAUGAAUGAUAAUAAAAAUAAACGAUUUGAUGCAUUUUUCAUAUAUAACUCACGAGAUGAGGAUUUUGUGAAUCGCGCUGUAAGCUCGGAGUUAGAAAACUUGGGUCAUUCUCUAUGUUUACAACAUAGAGACAUGCAAUUGAUUGAAGGACGAUCUGGAGACAGUUUGAUCAGUGCCGCGGAAAGUUCAAAGAGACUAGUUAUAGUGUUAUCAAUAAACUUCUUACAACAUGAGUGGUAUGUGCCAGAGUCUAAAGCCGCCGUACAAAGUGCUAUUAACUCAGUGAACGUUAGGCAUAUGCGUCAAAAAAUUAUAUUCCUUGUUAUUACUGACUUAAGUGCCAUAAAUAUAGAUCCCGACCUAAAACGGUUACUUAAAACGUGUACAGUGAUUGUGUGGGGUGAGAAAAAUUGUUGGGAAAAGCUAAAUUUUCGUUUACCGGAUGUGGACGUGACAUUACCGAAUCGGACGCUUCACAAUGCGAAUAACAUAAAAAGUAGUAAUAGAGAUGGCUUUAGUAGGCAUGGGAAUUCGAGAUAUACGGCACCCCCAACAUCUCACGAUCCUUGGUAUAAGUAUGGCAUGUCACCACCUAUUCUAAUGAUGUCGAGCCCCAUGCAUUCGACUAGCGCGAGUGCAGAGGUAUCGGCUAGAAGUACUGAGGAUGAGACAUGUUCUGUCGCGAGUAGUGAAGGUCGUCCUGAUGACCGACUUCCGCAUCAUCAUAGCUACGUUUCCAUAGACAAUCAUCAAUGUGAAGAGAGGCCAUUAAGGCCGCCGCAACAAAUUCCCAUGUCUAGUGCAAGGCCUAAUAAUAUGAGAAAGACUUACUUUGUAUAAAAUAAAAUUUAAUAAACAUGUGAUCUGUACUUUUUAAGUGUAAAUGAGAAUGUAAUUACAGAAUGUAAGUGAAAAUAUAAAGCAACUAUAUUUAUAUAAUUUCAUACAAACGCUUUUGUUAUUAUGUAGUUGGUGCUGUUUGAUAUAUGUAUGUAUGUAAAAAUAAUGAUAAAUAUCAGACUAAAAAGCAUAUAAAUUAUAGUUCUUAACUAAAGUUAAAUUUUAGUUUCUUGUAAGUACUCUAAGUACUUAUUAGAAAAUAAAACUUUCGUUUAAAGAAUUUAUUGUACCUGUCUUCAGUAAUCAACUUUAUUGAUUUUGUUGUAAAUAGUUUCGUGUACAUUCCCUCCUUUAUAUAUUUGUAACGCCUCAGAUACAUUUUUAUUUCACCGAUGUAAUAUUUAAAGUUCCUGGUUGAAGUUGUAAGUUAGAUAAAAAGCAUAUGACUUAUUUGUGAUAAUGUUAGGUACUUAUAUUUAAUAGUAUGCUUUGGUGUGAAAGAGUCGUGUAGGUAUGUAUACAUAUAUAUAUAUUUGUACAAAAUGUAAAAUAGUUUUGAAGAACUGAAAUGUACCCUAGUCAAUUGUAAAUACUGUAACUUUAAGUGAACAUAAUUUUGUGAUGUAAUUUUUAGCUAGAACAUGAACAAAUUCGUAUUUAUUACGCUUCCAAGAGUAUGAAUAAAUUAAUA